CGCUUUCCACCUUCCACCCACCCUCUUUCUUUCCCUUUCGCUCUUUCUAACGCUGGACCGUCCUUUCUUGCAUCUGUUCGCUAUUCAUAGAUCCCAGCGUCAGGCACGCCUCAUUCCCGCAGCCCUCGUCACCCACUCUCCCUAGACGCCCCAUCGCCCAUUGCCCCGCACAUACCCACAUCCACCCACCACCCCCGUACACGACCGCACCAUGUCCCUCAAAGCAGAGCUUGAGACCUGGGCAGCCGCUCUCAAGGCCUACGAUGACGAGGAUUUCGAACGCAGCCUCGACAUGUUCUCCCGCAUCGGAGACUCCUCAAAGAUCCUUACAAACAUGGGCCUCAUCUACGCGACCCUCGGCGAGCACGAGGCAGCCGUAGAGCAGUUCAUCGCCGCAACUGCCCUCGAUCAGUAUCUCGCCGUCGCAUACUUCCAAUGUGGCGUGUCCAACUUUCUCCUCGGCCGCUACGACCUCGCCGCCAAAGAUUUCGAAGAAGCCCUCCUCUACCUUCGCGGUAACCAGUCCAUAAACUACACCCAGCUCGGCCUCGCCUUCACGCUCUUCUCCUCGGAAGUCCUCUUCAACAAAGGCCUCUCGCUGAUAUAUCUCGGCCGCUUGCAAGAGGGAAUGGCCGAGCUCACGGACGCCGCGCGGCAGAAGGCGACGGACGAGCACAACGUCAUCGACGAGGCCAUACGCGACCGCGGAGAGGGCUACACCGUCUUUUCAAUCCCCGUCGGCGUCCUCUACCGCCCGUCCGAGAACAAGCUUAAGAAUGCCAAGACCCGCGACUUCCUGGGCAAAGCCAAACUCGUCGCCGCUGAAGACUCCUCAGAAGCCUACACGACCUUCACCGGCGUCACCCGCCUCAAGCAGGGUAUCACGCCCGGCAACACCUACCUCGACCCCCCCGCCCUCAACCGGAGCGCCACCACCCCCGCGCCCAAAGCCCCCAACGACGACGUCCCGCUCCAGCGCUCCAAAACAACCCUGAACGUCAUCCAGCGGCCGACCUCGCCCCGCGCCGCCCCCGGCGGUCCGGGCGCCGGCGCCGGUGGUGGCGGACUCGCACGCAGCACGACGAACAUCACGCCGGCGCGAGGCCCGGGCGGCGGCGGCAUGGGCGCGCCGAUGACGCGCGGGCUGAGCGUGCGCAAGCCGGGCAUGAGCCCCACCGGGGGCGUGGCCCCAGAGCAGCCGCCCUCGCCGCCGAAGAAGUCGCCAUCGGGAGGCGGCGCGCGGAUGACGGAGUUCUACGACUCGUAUAUCGACUCGUACGCGGACCCCACGCCGCCGCCGCCGCUCCCCCCGGCGCAGGGCAACAGUAACGGCGUCGGCAAUGGCAAUGGCAAUGGCAAUGGCAAUGGCAACAGCAAUGGCAACGGCAGCGGCAAUGGGGCCGCGCAGGGAGACCGCGUCGCCGCGUGGGCGCGCACGAACGCGAACCCAGCAACGUCACCGCCGCCAGCGCCGUCGCGCGCGCCGAGCUCGUUCGGGGGCAGUCGCACGGGGACGCUCCGGCGACGGGGCACGCGGCGGACGAUGGCGCAGAGCAUGUAUGAGGAGGACGAGGAGGGAUAUGUUACUGGCAGCGGGGACUGGGACGAGCCGUUUGAGCUGACGAAGAUCCGGGUGAAGAUCCACUUUGAGGACGACGUGCGCGGGAUGGCGCUUGACCCCACGGUGCCGUUUGCUGAGUUCGUGCAGCGCGUCGCCGACAAGUUCGACCUCGCGCCGCGGGAGCUCGCGCUCAAGUUCAAGGACGAGGACGGCGGCAAGGUCUCGCUGCGCGACGAGAGCGACUAUGAGCUCGCGAUCGAGACCGCGCGCGAGAGCGCCAAGGGCAAGCCCGAGGGCCGCCUCGAGGUCUGGGUCGUGCGCAAGUGAGCGCCGACCCCGCUCUGCCCCCUCCCUCAUCGUUGUGGUCGGCGACGGCAGCGGCGGCACGUCUUGCGAUCCUGCCGCUGACGGGGGCCAAUCACGCGCGUAUGGGGGUGCAGUUGGCGAGUCUGGUUCGGGCGAGGUUGGGUCGAGCGGCCCUGUCGCCUCCUCCGUCUAAUGUCUGCGAUGCUUUUGCUGUGUUCUAUCUGUGCUUCAUAUAUCACCAUGCUAUCUACGUCCUGCUCUUGUGCGGCCCGCCGGCACGCGCCGUCUCGGAUCGUCUCUGCACUCUUCGCACCCCCUAUCCCAUCCGCACACCCACUCGCCCUCGCCUUCGCCCUCGCGCCCUGCUACACGCGCACUCACGCUCUCCCCGCUCCGCUGUACCCUAUCACGCUUACUUGCCCCGCAAUGCGCGCGCAGUGUCUCGCUUUUGUCUCUUUUUGUUCGAGUGUUUCUUUAUUUUUUUCGGUCACUGGGCUGUUGUGGUACCUACUUUGCACAUAUACGCUCUCCUCACGGGUGUGGGGGAGGGAUCAUGUCUUGUAUUUAAUUGCAAACCAUAGCGAUGAUGGCGGUGGGUCUGGUGACCCGUUGCUCUCAUUAGAAUGAUAGAGAUGUACUUUCAGUACAUACAGUAUGUACUGCUGUC